AUUCAGUCUAUGAGUGUGUUUUUCAGUUGUUACUUCACUCGUGUAAUAUAAAGACAAGAGUACUCUUUUUUAACGUUUGUUUUAUUCUCUAAUAGCAAUUUCACAUCCAAUCAAUUAAUUCACCUACUUAACAAUGUCUUGCGAUGAAGUUUCGACCGUGCUGUCACAAUACACCAAAUGCAUAGACUUCGCAGCUGUCAAGCACCGCAACCAACGCCGACUAGAUGCCGAUAAAACACCAUACAUUAACCAUCCGAUCGGUGUCGCUUGCAUCCUUACCGCCGAAGGAGGGGUGGCCGAUUUCGAAGUACUGCAGGCAGCGAUUUUGCACGACACCGUAGAGGACACCGACACCAGCUUCGAAGAGAUUGAACAGCACUUUGGGACACGUGUUCGCCGACUAGUCGAAGAAGUUACCGACGAUAAGACCUUGCCGAAGAUGGAACGCAAGCGUCUUCAGAUUGAACAUGCUGCUAGCAGCAGUCCACAGGCAAGGUUGGUGAAGCUUGCCGAUAAGAUCUACAACCUACGGGACUUGCAAAGGUGUAAACCGGAGGGAUGGACCGACGAACGCUGUCGGCAGUACUUUGUGUGGGCGAAGAAGGUAUGUGAUAACCUGAAAGGUACCAAUGCAAAGUUAGAGGGCAUCUUAGACGAUAUCUUCUUGAAAGAGAAUGUUGUGUGAUGUUAUAUUUAUUGAAUAGAAAUGCUAUU